GUUUUCAAUUGUGUUUAGAUAGGACAAAGAAAAACUACUAGAUGGUGUCUUCUCUAUCUAGCAUCUUUAAACUCCCUUGGAACCACGGUCAUACUCGUCUGGCUUACUGAUUGCUUCUCCCCAAGAGAGCUUGUAUAGAUUUCCUCACUGAGCUCUUUCGAAGACGACGACUGCUCGAUGGCUCAGUCUCAUGAAGACAGCAGUAUCCGCGAACCGCUGCGUAUUUCGGGCUCCAGAAGAACGCGUUCCCAGGGGGCGCCGGAUUGGUCUUUCAUGGACUCGCUCAUUCUCGUCAAUGAGAUCGCCGCCGUCGAAGCCGAUUGCUUGAAAGCCCUCUCUUCGUAUCAGAAAUGGAUGAUUAUAGCGGAGAAUUGCACCGCUCAGGACGUCCCCCGGAACUUCAACCAGUGCCGGAGGAAAUGGGACUUUCUGCUUCUCGACUAUAAUAAGAUCAAGAAAUGGGAGUCCAAGUCCAGAGGUACUUCGUUUUGGUCCAUGGGAAGCGAUAGGCGAGAAAGUCUGGGGCUUCCAAGAGAUUUCGACGACGAGCUGUUUUUAGCUAUUGAGAAUCUGAUAAUGGUGCGAGAGAAUCAACCGGAUACGGACCCUGAUAGUGAUGGUGAAGCUAAAGACGAUAUGGUUGAUGUUGUUAAAGAACUAGGUGCAGACACCCAUGUAUACAAGCAGGCCAAAGGGUCUAAGAGGCAAAGGAGGAGGUUAACAUCUCUAGAAAACUCUUCAUGGAAAAGUGUUUCAGAAGAAAUAUCUAUAAAGAGCCAGGCAGAAAGAAAACCUCCUAAAUUUCACGUUGAAGAUGUAAGAAGCUCUCCAGAAGUAAAGCCACUUGACCAGACAAGUACGAAGAGAAAGCCUCAAAAAGGCAAUGUGGUAGAAAAUGAGAGUCAUGAGACAACCGAAGCUGAACAUAAGGAGCAAAGGUUUGCACUUAUAUUGCGUGAAAAUGCAGAAAUGGUCAAAACCAUUGUUUCUCAGAAUGCACAGUAUGAAGUUGUUCAGGUGGAGAACGAUGAAUUUGACCAAACCAAAUCUGCUGAAUUUGUUAGGCGUCAAGGAGAUAAGCUUAUUGCUUGCCUUGGAGACAUUGUAAAAUCCCUUGACCAUCUCUGUGAUCUUGUCCAAGAAUGUGAAUAAUCUAGCUGUAGUCCUCAAAAUUUAUGUGUACUGUAUUUACUUGGGAGAUGAAAACAAUAUUCUUUUUUGUUAAAUUAAUGCUAGUGUAAAUGUUGCGUCUGGUUUCUCUUUA